GUUAUUUGGUUGAAAAUCCUAUUACUGUUGUAUUAAUAUUAUCCAAUAUGUAUUCCGAGUACAUACAAUUCAGUACAUAUAUACAAAUCCAAAACAAACAGGAAGUCAUAGUCUCAUAGACAAUAGAAGUUAACUUCAACAAUGUUUAGGACAAUGAGUUACUUUAACCUAAUCGCGCGACGACAGCAGUCACAAAGAAGAUGUUUACGAAAAUUACUCUCCUCCUGAUGGUCUUCUACGUUUUAUCAGUUGCUGCCCACGGACCGCCACGGGACAGAGACAAUGAAGAUAUCGCUAUGGGGCGAAAGAUGGGUGCCAAAUGGUGCAGCAUGGCCAAAGUUUGCAACCACGACCGUAUACCAAUCUGUGGUGUCAGCCAUGCUGGUGACGUCAUGGGAUUCCGGGAUCUGUGUGACAUGUUCGACUAUAACUGUAUAAGGCGGCGAAAUUAUAAACAGACUGGAUGUCCUCAAGACAAAUCAAUUCUGACUGCAUCUCGUCGACCAACCAACAGCUAUUAUGAUGAUUAAAAAUUGAAUAUUCACCUACUACAAUAUUAAAUAAUCAUGUAUGAGAAAAGUAAAUAAAG